CCUUGAUAUCAAUUAAGACGUCUAAUGCACUAGAUCUACCUCAAACUUUCUACAGUUAGUACCUAUCACCUAGAUCCAAACACACUCCUUGAUUACCUACUAACGAUAUACUAUCUAGGCCUUGGCUUUCACAUCUAAUACUAUUCUACCUAACUUGAAGACACUCUUAACACCCUCUCACCGACUUAAUAAUGGAUCCAUAUCAAAAUCAAGGCUGGACUGGUAGUGCUUGGAAUCCGGCUCAGCAUGGCUAUCGUCAGCAAAAUGACAAUUGGCCACAGCAGCCUCAACCACCUCUACAACCUCAACUUCCUCCUUCUCCUCAAUACAUCAUACAGCCUGCUCCUCAAAUAUUCUGCUGCGAGAACUGCCAGAGAGUUGCUCCUUCUACUCCUGUCAACAUUCAUGCAUAUACUACUCGGUUGGCGUUUUUCGUCAAUCAUAUUCUGCAUCCAACUGUCGCUACUUAUGCUCAGGUUCCCAACCGUGGUUUGCAUCCGGAUUUCUUUGAUAUGGCGCCAGUUUCUAGAGUUGUCCCUGCUACUGGAGGACACGGUCAGAGUGAUAAUAAUCAAGGACAGCAGCAUGGUGGACAACAGGGAAACCAAUAUGGAUUCCAACUGCAAGCUCCUUCCAGACCAGCAGCUAACGCGAUCACUCAUUACACUGCUGCUAAUGGGGCUUAUAAUAAUAAUCAUCAACUUGAACUCAGCCAGCAAGGAGGCCAUCAAAGCAGUGGUGUUUAUGCUCAGAACAAUACUCAGCUUCAGCUCGCUCACAAUAACCGCACUCCUAAUAAUCAACCUUCUCAAGCUGUCAUGGGUCCCAUCAUGUUUGCUGGCUCUUCCUACAGCAUUGCCCCAUCUAUUCCAAUUCCUCUCCCUCGUUUUAUUAGGCCUAAUUUCCAACUCAAUGUCAAGUUUCGCCUUGAACGAUUUCGUUUAGAUCCACCUGCACCACAUAUCCAGUAUGGAAAUCCUCAUGCUCAUGGAUUUAGUCCCUAUCAACUUGCCUCUCCUUUCAAUACCCUUUACCAAAACGGCAACACUAACGUCAAUUCGUCCACCAAGACUACUCGCGCCAGAGAAAAUAUGGAGCUUAUCUGGUUCUACUGGCCGAUUCAACUCGAGAUUCCUCUCUGGGCUAGGGGACAGAAUACACAGACUUCUGCGCCAGAAAUUGUUGCACAGCUUGUUAAAGAUGGUAUGCAGAUAAUCAAUGGAGAAAGGUGGGGAUUUAUUCAAGAUGCAGAAGAACGUGAAGGAUUGUGGCAUAAGCGUCGCUCUUAUAAGGUACUUGAGUGUCCUAUUCAUGGAAUGCUCUGGAAGGUUACAGUAUUUGUACGUCGUGGCUAUUAGAGGUUCUAAAAGGUA